GCAUUUCCGGGCGCCACCCACCGCCGGCCACCCGGACACGUCCGCCCGCGCAUGAAAUAUAACCGAACCGAACCACCGACGCGAGGGCCCGAAAAUAACUUCACGCACCCCACGCGAAUCGCUCCUCCUCCUCACGCCCCGCAUUCUCCCACUCGUCACCUGCUUCCGAGCCCCGCGGCAGGGCACAGCCGAGACCCGAGAUCCACCAUUCCACCGGCCGGCACACUGCAUUCACCGGCCGUCUCUCCCCGUUCGCCUCUGACGGCCUCGACGCGGCGCCAACCGUGUUUUGCUGCCUGGCGCGGUGGCCCAUCGCCGGCCGGGGUUUCCUUUCCGGAUUUGGCCAUUAUAAGGAAGGUGAUAAGGCUGAGGGGGUAAAAUUGGCAACCGGCGCCGGAUUGCCGCUAGCUGGCUCCGUCAUCCCUCCCCGUUUCGCGCCUGUUUCGGGGGCGCUGCCAUUGGACGCGGCGGGCGGCGCUGUAUAUAUAGCAACCGCAUUGCCCGUGCUGGCAUCCUCCGCCGUGCUGCGCUGAGUGGAGACGAGGCGAUUCCCUUCUUGGUGGCGUGCCUGCGUGCGGAUGCUCUGCGCGUAGGGUCGCCGGUGCGUGUUUCCGAUGCGGUGCAAGGCGGCGGCGGCAAUGGGCCUCAAGGCGGGCGGGGCGGGCAAGCUGAGGCUUCCGUCGGUGGUGGCCGCGGUGGCGCGGUCGCGGAUGAUGAAGCUGUGGGUGCUCCGCGCCACCACCACGGUGCUGCUCUGGACCUGCCUCGUCCAGCUCACGGCCGUCGGGGAGACGUGGGGGCCGCGCGUCCUCAUGGGCUGGCCGUCGUGCCGGACGGCGCGGCUCGCCAUGACGGGGCCCGUCGCCGAGAAGGCCGUGUUGCCGCCAAGGAGAGUUUAUAGGAACAAUGGCUAUCUGAUGGUUUCGUGCAAUGGUGGGCUUAACCAAAUGCGAGCAGCUAUAUGUGACAUGGUUGCCAUUGCAAGACACUUGAAUGUAACUCUGAUAGUUCCGGAGUUGGAUAAGACGUCAUUUUGGAAUGACCCAAGUGAGUUUCAGGAUAUAUUUGACGUUGAACAUUUCAUAACUUCUCUGAGAGGCGAGGUUCGUAUACUUAGAGAAUUGCCUCCAAGAAUGAAGCAAAGAGUGGAAGUGGGGAUGUUUCACUCAAUGCCACCUAUUAGUUGGUCAGAUAUCUCCUAUUAUCAUAAUCAGAUACUUCCUUUGAUUCAGAAACACAAGGUUCUCCAUCUAAACCGAACUGAUGCUAGGCUUGCAAAUAAUGGUUUGCCCCUGGAUAUCCAGAAGUUGCGUUGCCGAGUUAACUAUGCUUCACUGAAGUUCACACCCCAAAUUGAAGAGUUGGGUAGACAAGUGAUUCGAAUUCUCCGCAAAAAUGGCCCUUUCUUGGUUCUACAUUUACGAUAUGAAAUGGAUAUGCUGGCGUUCUCUGGCUGUACUGAAGGUUGCACACGUGAAGAGGCAGAUGAGCUCACCAGGAUGAGAUAUGCUUACCCAUGGUGGAAAGAGAAAGUCAUUGACUCUUAUGUGAAAAGAAAAGAUGGCUUUUGCCCAUUAACGCCUGAGGAGAUUGCUCUUGUCCUCAGAGCAUUGGAGAUUGACAGAAGUAUGCAAAUAUAUAUUGCGGCUGGAGAAAUAUAUGGCGGCAAACGUAGAAUGGCUUCUCUUACUUCAGCGUAUCCCAAUGUGGUGAGAAAGGAGACGCUCUUGGAACCGUCUGAUCUCAGGUUCUUUCAGAACCAUUCAUCACAGAUGGCCGCACUCGAUUACUUGGUGUCACUGGAAAGCGACAUAUUUGUUCCAACAUAUGAUGGGAACAUGGCUAAAGUUGUCGAGGGGCAUCGCAGGUUCAUGGGAUUCAAGAAAACAAUCUUAUUGGACAGAAAAAUUAUCAUUGAUCUGGUUGAUCGGUAUAAGAGCGGCUCAUUGCCGUGGGAUGAGUUCUCUAAAUUAGUCAAGUCCGUCCAUGCAAACCGGAUGGGAUCAGCUUCGAGAAGGACGGUGAUUCCUGACAAGCCCAAGGAAGAGGACUACUUCUACGCUAACCCUCAAGAGUGUUUGCGCGAUCCCAAUCUUCUACGGGCCUUGUGACAUUUUUCCUGCCGGCGCAGAGUGCACUAGCUCAUGCCAUGGCUGAACUGGGAUUAUCCUGAGGCAAAUGGCGAGGCAUCAUCCUGAGGAGUUCAGCUUGUGCUAAAGAGGAAGGCCUGUGGCUGGGGGCAGAGAGAUCGGAGCUGCUCACUUGAAUGUGUAGAUGUUAUAGAAUGGGGGGAUAGAUUCUGAAAGGGAGAUGAUAUUCUUGUAUAGAUGGCGAGGGCAAGAUGGCACAUUUUCAUCAUUCCUACAGGAAAGUUUUUUAUGUUGCGUUAUCGCGUUGUCCAGACCCGAUUUCUUCGGAUUGGCAGGGAAUUUUAGCUCAGUUUCUCUGUGCAUUCAGUGGAAUUGGGGCUGAUCCAGUGUAAUCCAAACAGGCCCGAAUGAAAGUGUGGCAAAGAACAGAGACAUCAUGGCAUAGCAAGCCUCUUCUUUU